UAGGGGUCACUCUUGGUGGGUUGUGCACAGAAUAUAGGUGGGAACCUUCCCUCAGGUGACAGGUGUUGCUGGAGGGAAGGUGCACACAGUUUUUUGACCGCUACUCUAAGUAGUUUGUACCACGAUACAAGUUGUAAGGUGAUGGACAGGUGGAUUUAUUGACUGUUUGUUUGGAUUCUUGCCAUAUGGAAAUGAAGACCAGGAACGGGUAAAAUAAAUCGACAACCGUGAGCAUUUUAAUAUCUUGUGUGGACAUUCUAGUUAAUAUAAAUGUAAGAGUGUGCGUCCAUUUACAAGCACCGACCAGCAUCCCUCAGCAGCUUAAAGUAGUGGACUUAGCUGCUUACACUUAACAUGGACAAACUAGACUCACCAACAGCAGGUUACAACUUCAGUACAUGACAAGAGACAGUGGCUACAAGAAGGAAAAAUUUGUAUUUAAAAAAUUGCCGGCUAAUUUCCUGCCGUUUGGUCAAGGAGACACAGUCAAUCCUAUUUCAGAUGAUGGAAGCUCUCAAGCCAUUCAGUUGCAGCACCCUUUCAAAUACUUUGGACGCACAUACAAUCAGAUCUAUGUGAACAACAAUGGUCACCUGACCUUUACUCGAGCCCUGUCAGCCUACGUUCCUUAUCUGAACGCUGGAUUAGACAUCAUUGCUCCUCUGUGGACAGACCUUUACAAUGUCAACGGCGGAACUAUCUCCUACAGAGAGGACACAAGCAGUGCUGUACUGACACAAGUCACUCAAGCGGUUAACCAAUAUUUUCCUAGGGUGCCUUUUACGGCUUCGUCAGCCUUUGUGGCCACCUGGAACCAAGUGCCAUACAUCACUGGCGGAGGGGGUGUUACUUUCCAAGUGGUUUUAGUGUCCAAUAGUGUUCGCUCUUUCAUCCUUAUCAACUAUGGAAAUAUUGCGCAAACGGGUCAAGCCUGGAUGGCUCGUUAUGACACAGUGGACUCCAUCGAUUCUUUCUCAAUUCCGGCAGCCAGUCCCCCACAACUCUCAUCCAGCAGUAAUAUCAAUGUGAACGGUCGCUGGUUUUUCCGUGUCGACAAAUCUGCACGCUUGCCGGCUAAUUUCCUGCCGUUUGGUAGUGGAGACAUAGUCAAUCCCAUUUCGGACGAUGGAAGCUCCCAAGCUAUUAACUUGCAGCACCCUUUCAAAUACUUUGGACGAACAUAUAAUCAGAUCUAUGUGAACAACAACGGUCACCUGACCUUUACUCGAGCCCUGUCAGCUUACGUUCCUUAUCUGAACGCUGGAUUAGACAUCAUUGCUCCUCUGUGGACAGACCUUUUCAAUGUCAACGGCGGAACUAUCUCCUACAGAGAGGACACAAGCAGUGCUGUACUGACACAAGUCACUCAAGCGAUUAACCAAUAUUUUCCUAGUGUGCUUUUUACGGCUACGUCAGCCUUUGUGGCCACCUGGAACCAAGUGCCAUACAUCACUGGCGGAGGGGAUGUUACUUUCCAAGUGGUUUUAGUCUCCAAUGGUGUCCGUUCUUUUGUCCUCAUCAACUAUGGAGAUAUUGCACAAACAUCACAAUCAUGGCUGGCUCGUUAUGACACAGUGGACUCUAUCGAUUCUUUCACAAUUCCGGCAGCCAGUCCCCCAGAACUCUCAUCCAGCAGUAAUAUCAAUGUGAACGGUCGCUGGUCUUUCCAUGUCGACAGAUCUGCACGCUUGCCGGAUAAUUUUCUGCCGUUUGGUCAUGGAGACACAGUCAAUCCUAUUUCAGACGAUGGAAGCUCUCAAGCCAUUAACUUGCAGCAACCUUUCAAAUACUUUGGACGCACAUACAAUCAGAUUUACGUGAACAACAACGGUCACCUGACCUUUACUCGAGCCCUGUCAGCUUUCGUUCCUUAUCGGAACGCUGGAUUAGACAUCAUUGCUCCUCUGUGGACAGACCUUUUCAAUGUCAACGGCGGAACUAUCUCCUACAGAGAGGACACAAGCAGUGCUGUACUGACACAAGUCACUCAAACGGUUAACCAAUAUUUUCCAAGGGUGCCUUUUACGGCUACAUCAGCCUUUGUGGCCACCUGGGACCAAGUGCCAUACAUCACUGGCGGAGGGGAUGUCACUUUCCAAGUGGUUUUAGUCUCCAAUGGAGUUCGCUCUUUCGUCCUCAUGAACUAUGGAGAUAUUGCAGAAACAUCACAAACAUGGCUGGCUGGUUACGACACAGUGGACUCCAUCGAUUCUUUCUCAAUUUCGGCAGCCAGUCCCCCAGAACUCUCAUCCAGCAGUAAUAUCAAUGUGAACGGUCGCUGGUCAUUCCGCGUCGACAGAUCCGCACGCUUGCCGGCUAAUUUCCUGCCGUUUGGUCAUGGAGACAUAGUCAAUCCCAUUUCAGACGAUGGAAGCUCUCAAGCCAUUGACUUGCAGCACCCUUUCAAAUACUUUGGACGCACAUACAAUCAGAUCUAUGUGAACAACAACGGUCACCUGACCUUUACUCGAGCCCUGUCAGCCUACAUUCCUUAUCUGAACGCUGGAUUAGACAUCAUUGCUCCUCUGUGGACAGACCUUUACAAUGUCAACGGCGGAACUAUCUCCUACAGAGAGGACACAAGCAGUGCUGUACUGACACAAGUCACUCAAGCGGUUAACCAAAAUUAUCCUAACAUGCGUUUUACUGCUACAUCAGCCUUUGUGGCCACCUGGGACAGUGUGCCGUAUUUCAGCCACGAAGGGGAGGUUACUUUCCAAGUAGUUUUAGUCUUCAGUGGUCGCCUCUCUUUCAUCCUCUUCAACUAUGUCGACAUUGCGCAAACGGGUCAAAUUUGGAAGGCUGGUUAUGACACAGUGGACUCUGAUAAUUCUUUCAGAAUUCCAGCAGCCAGUCCCCCAGAACUUUCCUCCAGCAGUAAUAUCAAUGUGAACGGUCGCUGGCUGUUACAUGUUGAUGGUUCGGAAUACUUUUGUGGUUCUUGCACAGCAAAUGAGGCAUGUCAGGAAAGAAGUGGUGUCUAUGGCUGUACUUGCUUAAAUGAACAAACAUCAAAUCCUGAACAGUUUGAUGCCGUGGAGUCCUGUGCCAGCAGCACUGGCACCAUGUCUCUAUCUCGCUGUCAGCUCUUCGACUCUGGUUUUAUUCCUGAGAACCUUCACCUAAAUAACCCGAGCUGUAAAGGCACCAUUGACAAUGGAAGACUUCUGUUUAAUUUCGACAAUGAAGACCACAUAUGCGGCACCACUCUGACAAACAACAGGACUCACUUCAUCUACCAAAAUGCCAUUCAGUCUAAUUUGAGAAACCAUGAUCACAGCAUCAUUUCAAGAGAAAGAUGGAUGAAUAUCACAUUUUCUUGUGCAUACCCUCUGAUCCAGACCCUAUCUAUGCCCAUGGGUAUCAUAGCUGAGAGCAGUGUCAUAAGUCAGGAGAUUCCUGGCCAGGGCACAUACCAGAUCCGCAUGAUUCCCUACCACGAUGCAGAGUUUACUAGCCCAUACGAAGGGGAAGUGGAAAUACAAGUGAACCAGCAGAUUUAUGUGGCUGUUGAGGUGGAGGGAGUGGAUCCAAAUCAAAUCGCGACAGUUCUUGACAACUGCUGGGCAACUCCUGUUAACGAUGCCAACAACGAUAUUCGUUGGAGCCUAAUCAUUAGAGAAUGCCCCAACCCUGAUGAUGGCACGGUGGAGGUUCUUCAGAAUGGUAAUGGUAUAGCAAGCCAUUUCUCCUUCAGGAUGUUCACCUUCUCAGGAAGCUCUGACCGCAUUUUCCUGCACUGUCAGAUCCACCUCUGCCUUGUAAUGAAUGGCAGAUGUGCACAGUCCUGUGAGGUUGGAAAUAGACGUAGAAGACGCAGAUCUUUGGACUUCCAACACUCUGCGGCGAUCACCAUGGGUCUUUAAAAAAGUUCUGCAGCUCUGAUGAGGGAAAGAUCCUACUUUUCUGUUAAAAUACUUUUUGUGAAUGUUAAAACAAAUGUGAAUGUUUUGAAAGCACCUCCUUGUCUUUAAAGAUCUACAUGUGAAACCAUGAUAAUUUAAUAAAACAUCACGCAUUAAAGAGAACUUUGGGAAAAACUACUAAAUCUAACCAAGGCACUACAAAGUAAAAUAGAAUUAUCAGUAAAAUUCUGUUGUUUCAGUGUGAUAGAGGAAGUGUUUUCAAAACAUUACAUACGAGACUAAAUUCUUCUGCGUUCUAGGAUCGAUAAGAUAAGAUCAAUAUGAUAAGAUAAAUACCUAAACUGUCCCUCUUUCUCUUUGUUCAAGGAGUUAUAUUGGAAAAUAAUAUAGCAGAUGAUCUUUGAAUAAAUCUGCAUAGCAAUGAAAAAAAUACUUUGUGAUCUUUUUUGGUGCUUGCUUGGUUUUUCUGAGGGACAAAGCAUAGUGUAGCAAGACAAAGUACAACAUUACAAGAGUACAAGAACCUUGUUCUAGUUCUCCAAAACUACAAUUAGCCUAACCAUGGUUGCAAGUCCUGCCAUUAACAGCAUAUUUCAGUUUU